AUGGCGGACGAAGUAGACGAAGCAGCAGCACUAGGUUCCAACUACGGUCAAUUGCCAGUCGAGAAUUCGAGCGAGGGCUUGUUAUUUCGGAAAUAUCGCGGCGCAGGCCGCCGGGGUUAUUCCCGCGAGAGAUAUCCGGCAGGAUUUCGACGAUAGGCGAACACCACCGCGACCUUUGCUCGUUAGUAAGUAUGGAGAGGCGCGCUGGCGGAAGUCGCGGGCAUCCGACAAUGGUGUCACGGCGAAGACUCUCGUUAACGCGUCGCGGCGGCAAUUGGCGAGUGAGUCACGAUUCUGGUUAAUUCCUCUCGCGUACGCUCUCGCAACGAGUUCACGGUGAUUUCGUUUCCACAUCGUCGUCCUUGCCAUCGCAUUGUCUCCAGAGACGUUCUCUCUACACCACGCGCUCUCUCGCGUUCCGUUCCAUUCCGUUCCGUAUCGUUGCCUCGAAUAAUCGACCCCUCGAAUCGACCUGCUGUCCGUUCGAUUGUAUUAUAUGCAUUCCGCGGUGUAUCCGAUCUUUUCCAAUCUUCGAUAGACUACCGAUACACGUUCAUACAUACUGUAUAGAGGGAAUUUGAAGUAACAAUUUCGGAAACAAUUUUCGGAAUAAAUUGAAAAGUCUUUGUUCAGAAUGGUUCAGAAAUGCAAAAACGCGCGCCGGUCGUAACGUAAUAUCUUGCGUAAUAUCCAAAGUGAAACACAUUCGUUACCGAGUCGUGCAGUUUAGAAGCGCAAACAGAAUGCAUACAACACGCGAGGAAUAUAUAAAACAUCCACGCGAUCCAUUAGAAUAUCCCUCGUUGAAAACAUUCGUCGGAAUAUUUAAAGCUUAAAGCCGACUUUCCAUUUAGGUUUCGUUUCUUUCUGCAUCUAUCCGUAUUCGUAAAAAUAUGAAUUUGCCGAUCGUUAAUUUCCUUCUUAACAUUCCUCUUUUACUACUCUUCUCUUACACUCUGUUCCAAGACUCGCCGUGCAUUGCAACACUUUCCCUCGUCUCGUACAAUUGCUUUUUUCCAACCUUUCUCCAAGUUGUUAAGUUUCCUGGCUCCCGUUCUUACAAAUUUCCCUCAACUUGAUAUUUUCUGUUCGUAUUAUCUCUUCAACUUUUACAUUUUUAACUUUUCAAUUAGCUGACUGAAUUUUUUUUCUUUUCUUUUUUUUUCUCUCGCAUUAUUCGUGGCUGCGUUUUCUUUCUCAUUCGAGCUAGUUCGUUGCUUCAGUACAACAGACAUUUUCAAUUAGAUCGUUGCAGUGUGUUUGCAACUAAUUUCCCCGUUGUAUUACUUUCACAGCACGACGUACCGAAAACUGAAUGUAUCACAGCAGAGAAAUAUGUAUAUAUCAUGUACAUGUAUUACCGUUACAUGGUAGUACCGAUUUCGUUAUAAACUUGCAAACAGCGCGCACGAAAUUUUGUAAAUUCCUCAUUAUCGUUCAGAGGUUAUGCAAAAUAUUAAAUCGUAAAUUAAAUGCACAACCCUCUGUUAGAACGGCUCGCUACGAUUUAUUGUUUCGGAUUUAAAUGGCAUUAAUAACAGACUCCGAGCCCUCAUAAAUAAUGAUAAGUAUCGUUUAUCAACUUUGACUAAUGCUGUCUCGCGAUAGUGAUAAUAAUUGCGCGAAAUUUCCAAGUGACAAAACUAGAUUGCCUCUCUGUUAUUAACCAAAUUAGAAUAAUGAAUAAAUCAAUGCAAUAACUCCGGCCCUCCUCGCGAAUAAACCUCGUUUAUCGAUCGAAAUUUCCAAACUGACUUCAUUCAAUUUUUAGAGCAUCAAAUUGCUGUCACGUUACACUUUAAUUUCCACGCUCCCGCGGAAAAUACAGACUUGAAAUUUUAAUUAUCAAAAAAUUCUGUUUUCAUCGAAUUUGCUUGAAUUUAUCGAUUUUAUUCGAAUUUAUCAGCAACGAAGCAGCCAGAUGUUUCAAUUUAGAACCAGUCGCAGAUUGUAAUCUAAUCCGAUUGAUUCGCGCUCGAAACAAUUUACAGUCUUUACAAUCUAUCAAAAGUCUUCGAAUAUAACAAAAGGAAAAAAACUAUUUUUCUCAAUGAUAAGAUCCAGUUGGUAAACUGAUUGAUUAUAUCGAUAGCUCGCUCUCUAUUACUCGACGACUCUUUGCGAUAGAACGUUAAAACAAUAUUUCAUGUUUUCGAUUAUCAUUUCUUAUGCACUUUCUUCUUGAUCGUUUCGUCAGCGAGAAUUGACACGCCGCCGUUUCGUUUUAUAAUUUUGCUAUUAUAAAUAUUCGUUAUUUUUACAAUGACGAUUUUUCUCGUCCGGUUGAUUAAAAAUUGAGGAGCUCUGUGAGAGGAGAAAGGGGUCAGUCAGAUUCUACGAGAUUGCGUGCCUCUUUAUCCUACGGGGUACGCUUCGGAUAUUUAAAAAUAACAAGAAAACUAAAUUACAGAGAUAUUAUUUCGCUCGCCGUUUUAACUAGACGCUUCACGCGUUUUUAAUUUCUUCCUUUGUUUCCAGCUUUCGAACGAAAAAGCGGCAACAGCUUAUUUACGGCUUGGACAAAGGUUCGAAAACAAAGGAGGAGAGACUCCUCGGCUCUAUAAAAGUUUCCCCGCGUGUAAUCGCCGCGCACAACCAGUUGGAAACGACUGGAAUUACGUUCUUAGCUUGCCAAUUUUAAUCGCAGUGUGAGUCACCGUCCAGUAACGAGCGAGUUAG